AUAAAUACAGUUUUUAAAUAAUUGAAUUUCAUUUCUGUCAUAAUUUAAGUAAAAAAUAGGUCUAAAAAUCGAACACAUUCCCGCCUGAAAUGUAUAUUUAACUAUAUAUAUCGCUAUUUCCGUUUCAACAUGGCUAUUCGUUUACAUAUGAAGCAUGAUUUGUCUGAAGCAAAAGAGAAUGUGUUGCAUUUAAUGCCAUGCAAGAUUAACGGUGACGAGUCAGCGAAUGUUUCCUCUUAUUUUACACCGUAUAUUCGAAAAAUUGACGAUGAACAUUAUAAUUCUUCAUUUCGUGGAUAUCCACUUCAAGGCAAAAAGAUAACAAUACCUUCAGGAUACAAAGGAAUUACGUUUCUUGAACACAAAAAACCUGAAGUGGAAAAUGUAGAACGCAAUUUGUAUUCGACAGGAACAUUUUCAUAUUUUACAUAUUGGAAUUAUGAUAAACUACCAUCCAAGAAUGAUGCUUUAGCAGCAGCAAUCGAUUGGAUUGACAUUGCUGAAGCACUACAUUCUACAGAGCCAUAAUUAAAAUCAUGAAUCCCAACAUAAGAUAUUAUUAUUGUAAUUAAGUUUGUAAUGAUUUUUGUAUUUUGAUAUAAAGAAAAACGAAAAUAAAUAUUUUAUAUAUA